ACCUGUGGACCCUCACACGCCUAAACGAUUGCAAAGCGCUGUGAAUUGUACUCCUAACGAAGCAAAGCAACUACUCUCUUGAAAUCUAGAAAUCGAGAUAUCGGGAGGGGAAGAAAAAUGGAAGAGAUGAAGCAAAUACUUUCUAACAAAGUCCACAAAUCACAAAUCAAACCAGGCGAUCACAUCUAUACAUGGCGUACAGCUUGGCUCUACGCUCAUCACGGCAUAUACAUCGGUGAUGAAAAAGUGAUCCACUUCACACGCGGCGGAGGGCAAGAAAUCGGGACAGGAACAGUGUUGGACCGCGUUCUCCUAAGCUCAUCCCCGUCAAACUCAGACGGUGACCCAUGCCCAAAAUGUGGGGACCAGUCAAAAGCUGAAGGUGUCAUCGCUUCAUGCUUAGAUUGCUUUUUAUCCGGAGACGACCUUUAUCUAUUCAAAUACUCAGUCUCCCCCGCUAUUUUUCUCGCAAAAGCGCGAGGUGGAACUUGCACGCUUGCGCAUUCCGAUCCUCCCGAUGACGUCAUCCAUCGCGCUCAGUUCCUCCUAGAAAAUGGUUUUGGAGGAUACAAUAUCUUCAAGAAUAAUUGUGAGGAUUUUGCAAUCUAUUGUAAGACUGGGUUGUUGGUGUUCACUACUAUUAGUGUAGGGCGUAGUGGGCAGGCCGCGUCUUUUUUAGCCGCCACUAGUGCGAUUUUCUCGUCUCCGCUUCGGUAUUUGACCACUAGUUUUCCGGGUUUGGCGGUUGUUGGGUGUGGGAUUUAUUGUAUAAGUAGGGUUGUUGCUGAUAUUGGGAUGCGUCGUGAUGUGAUUAAAAUCCCUGUUGAGAGGCUUGUUCGUGGCUCAAUCUUGGCUGAGGCUUUGGAGCCAGAAGCGUGUGUGAAGAAGCUUCAAGUGGCUCAAGUUCCAGUUGAGGAACCGAAGGUGGCUCAGGAUAUUGUUGCAACUGCUAAGGGAGACUAGGAUAUUGUUAUUACUAUUACCAUAUUGGAUUUUAUAUGUUUGUUUGUUUGAUUGACCUUUCAAGUAUGAUUUGAUUGAAAAAGAAUGUGAUUGGUUAUAUCUCUUAAAACUGUUUGUGUGAUUUUAGUUGGAUUGUGUUGAGUGAAGCUACUCUUAAGUA